AUGAAAGAGUGGCGUGGGGGGGGGAAAAGAGAAGAUAACAACCAGCAGUCUCGAACGUCCAACAAACCAAACAGCUCUCACGUAUGCACCACCAGCAGCCUCACGUCACUAAACCAACAGCAGUCUCAACGUCCCCAAACCACCAGCAGCCUCACGCCGCACUCAAACCAACCAGCAGCCUCACCCCACCAACACACCAGCAGCUCACGUCACAAACACCAGCAGCCUCAAGUCCACCAACCAACCAGCAGCCUCACGUCCACAAACCACCAGCAGCCUCACGUCCACCAACAACCAGCAGCAUCACGUCCCCAAACACCCAGCAGCCUCAGUCACCAAACCAACCAGAGUCUCACGUCCACAAAAAGCCAGCAAGCCAUCCACAACCCAGAGGUCCACGUCAAACAACCAGCAGCCUCACGUCCACAAACCAACCUCAGCAGCCUCACGUCCACCAAACAACAGCAGUCUCAGUCCACCAAACCACCAGCAGCCUCACGUCCAACAAACCAACCAAGCAGUCCACGUCCACCAAACCCAACAGCAGCCUCACGCCCACCAAACAACCAGCAGCCUCACGCCCACCAAACCAACCAGCAGCCUCACGUCCACCAAAACCAACCAGCAGCCUCACCAUCCAGAAAAGCCACACCCAGCCCCGACCAAACAGAGCGCACGCUACGCUCCACCAAACCAACAGCAUGCCUCAACGUCUCACCAAAACCAACCCAGCAGUCUCACGUCACACAACGCAACCAGCACUCAAAGCUCUCAAGCUGCACUGACUGA